CCGCCGGAGCCCAGCCUCUGGGGGACCGGCCCCGGCGCCCGCUCCCCCAGCGCGUCGCAGCCGCGUGGCCCGGCCGAGCGCAGAGACCAUCCAGCCCGGCCGGGCGCAGUCGCGAUGUCGAUGGCGGGGCUGAAGAAGCAGUUCCACAAAGCCAGCCAGCUAUUUAGUGAAAAAAUAAGUGGCGUUGAAGGAACGAAACUAGAUGACGAAUUUCUUGACAUGGAAAGGAAAAUAGAUGUUACCAAUAAAGCUGUUGCAGAAAUUCUUUCCAAAGCCACAGAAUAUCUUCAGCCAAAUCCAGCAUACAGAGCUAAGCUAGGAAUGCUGAACACUGUAUCGAAGAUCCGAGGCCAGGUGAAAACCACCGGGUACCCUCAGACGGAAGGCUUGCUGGGUGACUGCAUGCUGAAAUACGGGAAGGAACUCGGGGAAGCCUCUACCUUCGGCAGUGCACUGAUAGAAGUUGGUGAAUCCAUGAAGCUAAUGGCCGAGGUGAAGGACUCUCUGGAUAUUAACGUAAAGCAAACGUUUAUUGAUCCACUUCAGUUGCUACAAGACAAAGAUUUAAAAGAGAUUGGGCACCACCUCAAGAAGCUGGAAGGCCGCCGCCUGGAUUACGAUUAUAAAAAGAAGCGAGUAGGUAAGAUACCAGACGAAGAAGUCAGACAAGCGGUAGAAAAAUUUGAAGAGUCAAAGGAGUUGGCUGAAAGAAGCAUGUUUAAUUUUUUAGAAAAUGAUGUAGAACAAGUCAGCCAGCUGGCCGCGUUUAUAGAAGCAGCGUUAGACUAUCACAAACAGUCCACAGAGAUCCUGCAGGAGCUGCACGGCAAACUACAGAUACGAAUAACGGCUGCUUCCAAUCUCCCUAAACGAGAAUACAAGCCACGGCCCAUAAAGAGGAGUCCUAGUGAGCUCAAUGGGGUGUCCGCCACGUCUUCAACAAAGACAACAGGUUCUAACGUCCCCAUGGACCAGCCCUGCUGUCGUGGUCUCUAUGACUUUGAGCCAGAAAACCAAGGAGAACUAGGAUUUAAAGAAGGGGACGUCAUUACACUAACCAAUCAAAUAGAUGAAAACUGGUACGAGGGGAUGUUGCAUGGGGAGUCUGGAUUCUUCCCCAUUAAUUAUGUUGAAGUCAUUGUGCCUUUACCUCAGUAAAUGUGUAACUCAAACUUUGGACACACUUUCGUAACUGAAAUGAAUUCACACCAGUGUUCUCUCAGUGUGGUGUUCUGUGACAUCCUUUCUCUUUGACCAACUUAAUCACUUUUGUAUGUGUGUUCUCUUUAUAAUGUAUUUUGUAUCAAUUUAAUUUGUAUAAAUGAUUUUCUUGUUUUAGCUACCUGAAAAUGCAGUUUUCUUUUUUGCUCCUUGUCCUAAAAGUCAUUGGUUCAAUAAAUGUACGUGCUUCCUGUUGCUAAAAAUAAAUUGCACCCUUCACAGUUAUGUCCGGGAAUCGCCCAUAUUCCUCAGCUGCAAUGGA